GCUAUCCUCGCCCUCUCAAACAAUCUUCUUUAAUUUCUUUCUCUAAGCCUCUAACAAUGGAGGAGAUUCUGGAGCCCUAUGCUGCCUCAUCAUCAUCCUCUACUCCCAGAAAUCGUGUUGGGGCGAACUCCGACGACAACACUACAAUUGUUGUUCACAAAAAAAUUAAUUUUGACGAAGAACUUUUGAAUUAUUUUCUCAGGAAUCUCAGCCGUGAUCGGUGGUUAUCUCCCUCUGAGGAAGAGGAGCUCCGUGUACACUUCAUGGAGAAUUAUUCGGUACCUCCCGACAAAAUUCAAGGCAAUAACCUCUACAAGUAUAUUAUAGAAGAGCAUCCAGAGGAAGUGGAAUUGAAAUUGGAGGAGGAAGAAGAAGAAUGGUGCGAGCCAAUAAUAAGUUAUACAGGGUCUCGUCGGCCAAGGCGAAAUCGAGAUGCCCAAGAAGAAGCAGUGCCAUUCACAACUCUUGGGGAAGAAGAAGAAGAAGAAGAAGGAGAAGAAGAAGAAGAGGAAGAAGAAUGGUGUGAGCCAAUGAUAAGUUACACAGGGUAUCGUUGCCCAAGGCAAAAUCAAGAUGCCCAAAAGAAGUAGUACCGUUCGCAACUCUUUGGAGAGGAGGAGGAGGAGAAGGAGAGGAAGAAAAAUAGUGGGAGCCAACAAUAAGUUACACAAGGUUGUCACCCAAGGCAAAAUCGAGAUGUGCCUAGUAUUAGGGGUGUUUGAAUUAGUAGAUUUAAUUUCGUUAUAAUUGUAGUGUUGCUUUUAGAUCAUGUGUUGAAUACUUCCGGUACGGUUAUAUGG